CUGUAGUGGGCGGGAGUGAGUGCUGGCCUCGGGAUUGGGUGGCCUUGCCGGAAGGGGCGGUCUCCUAUGCGGAAGGGGUGAAACUAGCUUUUGCAAAGCUCCAGGAGCGGGAGAGGCCAUCAUGCUGCAAUCUGACUGUGCCCUUCGGUUGGUGGCUGAGCUUCAGGGUGCCCUAGACGCCUGCGCAGAGCGACAGAGGCAGCUAGAGCGGAGCCUGCGCAUUUCCCGGCGGCUGCUGCAGGCCUGGUAUAUGGAUCCCAGGAUCCCCUGCCCAGACCUCCAUUGUAUCCUUGAAAUCCUGCGAAGCCUCAGGGCUUGGGAGGCAAGGGAGCCAGCCGGGACUACGGGUCUGGACCCACCUCCUGGGUCAGAAACUAAGGAAGAGGACCCUUCUCCAGCGUGCACACCAAGCCCCCAAGACCUCAAGGACCUGGAGCUUCUGACCCAGGCACUGGAAAAAGCUGUACAGGUUCGGAAAGGCGUCUCUAAGACUGGAAAAAAAUCCAGAACCCCCAGCCUGAAAUCUGGGACCGUUGCUGCAUCUCCUGGCAGCACUGCCUCUGCCCUACCCCAGGCUUCAAGCCAGCCUGGCCACUGUUCUUCAAGGACAAGACCUACCAAGGGCGUUCACCAGAUUACAGUGCCUGCCAAGGACCACCCAAAGCACAGGCUUCUGUUGGUGAGAGACAAGUCUCAUGCUGUGCGAAUAGGAGCCCAAGUGACCAGGCUUGAACCAAGCCACAGGGAACAAAUGACCCUGUCAGAUACUCCUCAUGCAGCAGAAACCUUCACACUCAAGGAGAAGGGGACCCUGCUGCAGCUGCCCAUGGCUUUCAGGAAGGCGGCUUACCGGAAUUCCUGCCUGUGGACGCAGCUCAACUCCACACAAACCAGUGAUGCCACAGAUGCCACCAGUGAUGCCAAAACCCAAUUCCUCCAGAAAAUGCAGAUGGCUUCAAGCAUAUCCAGCUCCAGGUUCAGUCCCGUAGAGGUAGAAAUGGAGGUUCAUUGCCUGCAGAAAGCCUGUGCACUGCUGAGACUGCGCAUGGAAGAAGAGCUCUCAGCAGCUCCCGUAGACUGGAUGCAGGAGUACCGAUGCCUGCUCACCCUGGAGGGGCUACAGGCCAUGGUUGGGCAGUGUCUCCAUAAGCUGCAGGAACUGUGUGCAGGGUUUGAAUUCAGAGCCUUUGGCAUGCUAGCUCUGACAGAACAGUUGCCAGGACCUUGUCUCAUGGGGAGGCCUCUCCAGGCCUCAUUGCCCUGUGGUAGUCGAGUAUGUACUUCAUGGGGUCCCCAGCUCCUUCUGUACUCCAACACCCAAGAGCUGCAGACCCUGGCAACCCUCAGGCUGCGGGUAGCCAUGCUGGAGCAGCAGAUCCACCUGGAAAAGGUCCUGAUGGCUGAACUCCUCCCCAUGGUGAGCACCCAGGAGGCACGGGGUCCACCCUGGCUGGCGCUGUGCCGGGCUGCCCACAGCCUACUCUGCGAGGGAGGUGAACGCUUCCUUACAAUCCUGCAAGAAGACCCUGCUGACUGAGCCUGCACCCCAGGUCUUGGCACCCUGGGGCAAGAAAGCCUUUCAGAAAGAGUCCCCUCCUGGUGGGAGUAAAGUAAACUGAGAUUGUGGAGAA